CCUGCUAGCAUCCAGAAAGGCAAGAUCUGCCUUGCCAUGUCAAAUGAGGACCAUUUGUGGUAUAGGGCUAAAAUUUUAGAAGCUCUAGAUGAUUAUGUUUUGGUGCAUUACAUUGAUUAUGGAAAUUCUGAAGAGAUAUCUACUGAACAAAUACGGGAAAUACCUGCAAGUCUUCUUGGAGAAGCAUUGAGCUAUAGAUGCAUACUGAGGGCACAAGCUGUGACAGAGGCAAGCUCAUUGUCACCUUUGCUUGAAACCUACAUAAACAAGGUACUGAGUGUGGCAUUUUGUGAUACUGAAGACAUGAAUACUUUAACAUUGAAAUGUGAUGACCAGAAUAUUUUUAAAGACUUGGAUGUUCUUGAGUUGAUUUCAAACCCUACUAAAGCAUUUAAUGGAGAGAGCUUGGAAAUUUGCCAAGAGCCAGUGCAUGGGUGUCAGGUUUGCAGCGAACAGGAUUGUAGUGAAGAUGGCUACAAAGAUCCCCAAUAUUUAGUGUCCAGCAGAGAAGCAUCUAUGUUAAAGAGGACACAGGCACCAAGAGAAAAAUCCUCAAAUUGCAAAGGAAAUGAGUUGGGUAAAUGUUCACUAAAGCAGACAGUUUUGUGUGACAAAGCAUCAUUCACUGGUGAGGAUACUCAGUUUCACGAAGUGAAGAGCAAACAAAAGUGUCUUAAUAUUGAAAAUGAGCAAACAUACAAUAUGCAUAAUUCUCAUGAAGAAUUAUGUAAUAUAAACAUAGAACCUAAUGAAAGAGACAAAAAUAGAGGAGCACUAUGUAGGCAAAUACAGACCGAGGGGGGAGAGCCUUUAUCUGAGGGUUCUUCUGAGGUGCCUGAUUACUCUCCCAUUUUCAUGGUAGUAAACAAACAAAGGGAGAGGAAUUUAGCAAAUGAAACAACAUUAAGUAACAUAAAAGUUGCUCCUGCUUCAUUUAACUCCAAGGAAAAUUUGUGUGUGAAAGAAAAAAUAAACAAAGUUGUUUAUGGAAAUUAUUCUGAUUUUAUGUUGAGGCCAAGUGAGUUAAAAAUAGAGGCAUUUACAUCAUACAAGAGACAUACAGUUAAAUCACAUUUACAUGCAAUAGAAGAGGUUGAAGAAAGCGAAACAAUAGAUAUGUCAGAACUUAAAGUAAGGCCAUAUCGCUCAUUGUUAGUUCAUGUAGAAGAAAUUCCCUUUUGCUUAUGGAUUCAGAAGGAAGAGGACAUAGACUUAGCAGAGUUUGUUAGGAGUAGUUUAGAGGAGCUUGGUGAAGAGAUGGAGUUAUUGGAUUCCCCUCAAGUAGGUGAAUUGUGUGUUGCAUUCCUCCAUGAAAGCUGUCAGCGUGCUCAAGUGAUAGCACUAACAUCACAUGAGGCUACAGUGCACUACAUGGACCAUGGAAAAUAUGGAAGAGUACCAUUGAAGAAAUUGUAUAAGCUUCAGCAAGAAUUUUUAGACAUACCACCAUUGGUGUCUCAGGUUUACCUUCCAGUGAAAGUAAUUCCUGGAAAAGAAUCUGGUGCUGUACUUGCUGUUGCAGAAGCAGCUCUUCAUAGUGUGUGUGUGUGCUUUGACCUUGACCAAUUAACAUAUAUAAGAGAUGAAAUGUACACAUUGGUUUCGACUCCUUGGAGUGGCAGUUUAGGGGAUCUGUUGGUGAGGAAUGAACUAGCAUGGCCAGUAAACUGGGAAAGUAAGUUAGGGUUACAUAUGGCUUCAUCAGUAACAAAAUUGAUACAAGAGUAUAUAAAUGAAUUAUGUGAUGAUUCAGAGAGAAGGGAUUAUUGUGUUACUCCAUUAUAGAACUUUGUGAAACAAAUAAACUUAUAAAGGAAUUUAAGUGAAACCAUUAUCUGAAGGUUAUUUUUUUUAAAGAUAAAAUUUUUUACAGUUGAGGAAUGUUACAAUUUCACUUAGUUCCUAUAAUAGAUGACUUAACCAUAUUUUGUUCAAUAUAUAAAAACAAAACCUUUAGAGUAAACAAAAUUAAUAGUAUUAGGUUUUAAGGAUAAAUACAUGAUGUAUGUAAAAUUACUUGGUAGAAGAUAAAAUUUACAAUGCUUUGACUUGACAAGUUUUGUUAAGCAGUGAAAAAUUUAUCUCCUAAAUUUAUUUUCACUAUCAAACACUGUUUUAUUUACAUCCAUCAUUGCACUUGGUGCUAUGAAACAUAACAUAUUUAAGCAAAUGGAAAGACAAUUUAUUAUGGUUAAUUUUAUUUCAACUAAGUUAUGGUUUGGAUUUUUGGAUUGCUUACUUAAGUAGAAAGAAAUGGCUUUGACUUUCAGCAUACAUGAUGAACUUAGAAUGGUUAACUAAGAGUUCUUCCUUAAUAAAUUU